CAAGUACAGUUUACGUUUCCAUAAUACAGCUGUCGUGUUCGAAGUCAGGAACCUUAUUUUACCAGAGGAAUUACUGCUCAAUUUCAUCACCUGAUGUAAAUGAUUUCCCGUAGAAUCAAGCUGUAAAACUGGAGUUACAUGUAUCAGGAAGACCACACCUCUGGAAACAAAAGACCACAUUCCAUCGAAGCAUUCCUUUUCUCAUCGUCAUCAUUCUGCAUCUAUCUAUCAACUCCUCCUGCUCAUAACAUCUCAAAGAAGACGUUCGAUCCAGUCAACUACGACAUAAAACCUAGAAGGAUUCACUUCUUGCCAAGCCAGCUACCAGAUGAACUGAUGUCAUGAGAUGAUAGGAUCACCCAUUCCUUCACUCCGUGUGAAAUCUUCUUUUAUCCGCUCAUCUUCCGACCUGCCCCCUUCUUUCUCCUUAAGCCGCCGUUCUUCAAAUACCAAUUCAUCGGCAAACAUCUUCAGGGUUGCUUGAGGGAGAGAGAAAGGGAGAGAGAUAUUGGAUGCUCCUACAUCGCUGUAAUUAAUGUACAUGUACAUCAAGUGAGUAGAUGGGAUCAGCUGAGUAGGUGUCUAGCGAGGGGGCUGUUUAACCCUGUCAGUGCCGUAGCGGGAAAUACGACGUGGAAAGCAGAUGGUGUAUUUGGUUUGUGGAUGUCAAAGGGUUACCCUCGAGCUUGGAGGGGAAUUGAGAAUUCAUGAAAGAGGAUGCUCGCUCGUUUGAUCGUUUCCGUUGGAUGGUGAAUAUUUAUAGCGGUGAAUGCUGAAUAUUCAUGACAUGAAUAAUGAAUAUUCAUAGUGAUUGAUGAUGAUGAAUAUUUCUUUUUGAUGAAUAUUCAUGAGAUGAUCAACAAGACGGAUGCCCAUCCAUUUUGAAGUGUUUCUCGAGUGUUGGAAAGGCUGCAUUGAAGUGACCUUUAUUUGCUCGUUUACCCAGAAUUUUUUUUUUUCCUUUUCCCCUCUCUCUCCAUGAGGGGAAAUCAAAGUGUAUUGUACACACAUUAAGGAAUCACUACACAUGUGGAUUUAAUAUGACAGCACAUAUUUUACUUUAUAGAGAUCUGUUGUUUGAUUCCUUCAUGCUCUCCCUGUUUUCUUCAUCUUUGGAGCUUUUUAUAGCCAAAAUGGAGAGAUUCAAAUCUCAUUCCUGCUAAUUUGGAAACUAGAAAUUCAAAACAUAGAAACUAUAAACUAUCACAUAAACUAUCAUAGCUAUCCGAGAACGGUAAAGCCCAACCAGACAAUAUGACGGAGUCGUCGACCCCCGCCCCGGCCCCGCGCAACCCCAUCAUCCUAUGCAGGACAUGCGGACAGCGCCACCAGCUCCACGACAACCACGUCUACGACUACUGCGACAUCGUGGACGAGGAGUUGACCUGUAAUAUAUGCCUUCAGCCCCUUGUUAACCCUAUGGAUACAAUGUGUGGACAUACGUUCUGUAUGCGCUGUCUUAGGAGCGUACUGAACUUGCAUAAAUUCUGUCCGAUCGAUAGAAGACCUUUGACGCAGCAGGAUUGUAGGGCGUCAAGUCUUAUCGUCAGAAGGAUGUUGGACCGGCUCAUAGUACUAUGCCCAAACACAGACUUCUGUACAUCCAAGCUACCACGGAGUGAAUUAGAACCUCACUUACAAAAUAGAUGCCCUGGAAGAAUAGUUGGUCCAGGAGCCCCAAUUCGACAUGGUCAACUAACAUCUAUAGAAAUCAAUCGAAAGCCUAACAGAGAUCUAGGAAUAUACUUUGUAGGUGGAAAUGAAACUCCACUUAUUGGUGUUGUCGUGCAAGAGGUUAUACCAGGUGAAGUGGUAGCAGAAGAUGCAAGGAUACUACCAGGGGAUCAAAUAGUACAGGUGAAUAGUAGAGAUUUGCGUGACAUUCCACACAGCAUAGCGAGAGAGGCUCUGUGUUCUGCAGAGACCCCCCUCAGACUGACGAUAUACCGUGAGAAGCAGGAAUCCAAAGCCCCUGUCUUUACCACAACGGUCCUUCAGGUCUCCCUCACCAAGGUGACAGGGGUUCCACUAGGCAUCAAGAUAGCCGCUAAACAGAGUGAGCAAGGAAUAUACAUCAUGGAGGUGUUGGAGAGCAGUUUAGCAAGGAGAGAUGGGAGGUUAAAGGCAGAUGACAGAGUACUACAGAUCAAUGGAUUCAAUGUAGAAGAUGAAAUGCCUGAAAGAGUAGCUAGAAUUAUACGGGACUGUGGCGAUCGUGUCGAGAUGGUUGUAUCACGACAGGUGCAGGUCACGACCCCUGAGGUCAUCCAAGUACCCCCAGCAGAGCUUCCUACAGAACCUUUCACUCUACUAAGACACGCACUUGCUCCGAAGGUGCGGGCAGAGAAAACCGUCAACAUCAAAAAGGGUAACAAGGAGUGCAUGGGCAUCAGUGUGAGCGGUGGAAAGGGACAAAGGAAGGGUGAUGUUCCCAUCUUCAUCACAGGCAUACAGGCAGACGGGUGUGUAGCAAGACAUGGUCAACUCAAGAAAGGAGACAUCCUCCUCAGUGUGAAUGGUACCAGCCUUCUAGAUCUCCCUCACACAGAAGCAGUGAAGGUGCUCAAGGAGUCUGCCAACGCGAGGUCGUUGACGCUAAGGGUCAUAGAGGGGGACACAGACCCAGAUAAUGAAACGCAUGGAUACAUUCCCUCCUGGCUAACAUGGCUGUCCCUACCCGAGUGCUGUCGGCAAUCCCACCAGAUCACCCUAGAGAAGGUCCCCAAUGCUAGCCUGGGCUUCAGCAUAGUAGGCGGCAAUGACUCCACACACGGUGCUCAACCUAUCUACGUCAAGACGGUCGUCAGUGAUAGUAUAGCAGCGAAAAGUGGAUUAUUGAAAUGCGGUGACAUCAUCGAGUCCGUCAACUCCGUCUCAUUGGUUGAUAUCUCACAUAAAGAAGCCGUCACCUUACUCAAGAACAUACCACAGAGGGCGCAAUUCACUAUCGUUUCGUGGCCCGGUACCAUUGUAUAACCGUUGCUCUCCAAUCCUCGCAUGAUGGGGAUUGAAAUUUGUGUGAAACAUUCGUGAUGACGACACCUCUGAAAAAUAUUUGAAACCCUUUGUGACUUGUGAAUGACAUCAAGGUGCAACUCACAGACCUUUAAUAGCAAGGGACGAUCUCAGAAGUGGCACCGAUGUACGUGAUGAUGAUACCAAUGCAGUAGAACCAGAAACAAUCGUGAAAUGAACCUUCAUAAAUGUUGAGUGACAUCAGAGUGCAAGCCACCAUUAUGUCAUGGCCCGUCACCAUCUUAGAAGUGGCACCAUUGUGGACAGUCUUAGAGGUGGCACCAUUGUACGUGAUGACAAUGAUGAUACGGUCAACCAAGAAACUUUAGUGACAUGAAACCUUCAUGAAUUCGUGACAUCAAAGCACAAGCCACCAUCGCGUUGUAGCCCGGCACCAUCGUAUAGCCUCCAUGCUCCAAUCCUCAAUGGACGAGGAUUUCAGGAUUGGAAUUCUUAUAUUAUGCACGUUCUCUUUGUCAGGGGUUUUUAUUUGCGGGAUUUAAGAAUUGGUGUAGGGUCACGAAUCAGGUGGCAAAACAUUCAAAAACAUGCAUCUUAUGUAUCUUGUUUUAAUUAUCGCAGAAAAGAAGAACUUGCAAAAAUGUAAGCGUCCUUCGUGUCCUUAAAAAUAUUGGUAAGGGGAAGAUAUAUAUUGCAUUUAGCAGUAGUAUGGAAGAUGGUCGAAGCUGAUAUAAAUUAUUUAAUUUCAUCUGUGAAAAGCAAGAAAAGGAAGAAUUUACUCGGUAAAGGAAUUGAUUUGUCAUUAGUGCUACAAAGGAAUUCACUUCACCACUCAUGUAUUUAUGUGUCAUGCAUAAUUUAUAUUCAAUUCAGUCCCUACAAAUUGCUCCUAAAUACUUAAGUAUGUGGUGUCUUACUCUGUAUGUCUUAAUAGAUAUUUUACAAAUUAUUGGACAGGUGAAAAACUUGCCUAAGGCCUGCCCGGCAUGGCAGCAUUUAAUUACAUGGAAUGUCAUGUAUAAAUUCCAAAAGAAUUGAAUGAUUUAUCAACCCAGCUUCUUUCAAAGCUAAACGAGCAUUAUGUUAUAUACUUUAACAAUGAGUUAAUGUAUUUCUAGCAAUGAACACAUAUUGUAUCCUGUUAUUGGAAUAUAUACCGAUAAAAUGAACAUUUGUCUCGAACAUAGUAGCAAUAUUUUAAUGUGCAGGUGGCGCGUAUUGCUCUUUUGUAUUUCGGAAAUUCCUAUUUGUUUGCAAACUGUUCUGUUCAGUUGUGCUUAAAAAUGCAUAUUUUGUUGUCAUUUGGUGUAUUUCUGCUUACAUUUAUACCCUGUACGCCAAAUGGUGGUAUUUAAACAUUUCUUUUGCAUACA